GUGCAAUUAUAAUUUCUGCUUUAUUUCAUUUCUGUUUUUUUAAUUAUGCUUUUUUGUAGGUAGUGGCUGCUCUGGCAGAGAUACGUCAUCCUGUGAGUAAAUAUGAUAAAAAUAUGAUGUUGUUUGGUUUAUGACAUUCGACGAUUACACCAGAUCCUGAUCGUUUAUUAUCAUGUAUUGUUCAUAAUCUUAUGGUUUUACAAAGUGGUGAUUUAUUAAUUGACAUCGGCGGUGAAGGUAAUUGA